AAACUUUUCCAAUCGGCCAUGGAGCACACGACGGCAGCCAAUUCCAACGCCGAUGAGAUCCGAUCCCUACGCGUCGAGGGCUUGCUGCCAGAGAUGGAUGCGAAAUAUCUCUAUGGCUGCUUCAGUGAUCAUGGCCAGGUUGUAGCUGCCACUGUUAUUCAUGGUAAUGUGAGAACUGGUUUUGUUGAGUUUACUUCUCGGAGCUGGGCUGAGAUGAUCUUGAAGUCCUACAAUGGUCUCGGGAUGCCAAACUACCCUCAGAUAUACCGCCUGAAAUGGGAUAUGGAUGCUACCGGUAUGAUGUGGCGCUGGGAUUAUGCUUACGAGCGUUGUUCGUACUUUGGUUUUAAUGAUGCAGGUGAAGAAUUGAACGCCAACAAAGCGCUCUUGAGAUACAAGCACUUGAUACCUGCUGUAAAUGAAAAACCAGCUGGUGGUGGUGGUCAGCAACAUCAGGAAGGCGUGUCUGGUUUAACAUAUGAGAUAGUUGAAGAGAUUCUCUACCACAACUGGUUAGGUAAUAGGUUUCUGUAUCUAUGUAUGGAGGAAUUGUGUAAGGAAAAAGACGGUUGUUACGUUAUCCGCACCCUCAAGUUGUCGAACUUAUUGUCAUGCUCUUGCAAGUUUGACGAAAAGAUUGGGAGUAUAAUCACCUGCCGCUAUUGCGCCGACUGCAACGUGCCAUUUGAAUUGCAAAAGCAGGCUUGGCUAUGCACCAAGGACUUCGGCAACCGGAAAAGUCCGCGGCUUAUGGGAUGCACUUCUUGUUUCAGCGGAAUUAUGUUCGCCGGCGGCCUGGACCACUCACCAGAUCAAACUCGAGCUCCUUACUUUGUGCCGAGUCAAAAAUGUUAUUAUUUUCAGCCGAGAGAUAUUUACCACUAUAAUCCCGAGUGGAUAAGGCUUCCGUACUAUCUCAAAAGCGAGAAACAGGGGGCCCUGCUGGUUAACGUUGAUGGAAGUCUCUGUUGUCUCUCUGGUUUACUCGUUGGUCAGCAAGUCGCUCAUCCUACUUUUGAGGUGUUCGAUCCCUUUGACGAGAGAUGGGUGCCUCUGCCGGAUCCUCCUUUUUACAGACCCGAAGCACUGAAUUACAAACACGGUGACCCUAGGCCUGGUACACACUUGUCUUAUGCAAUCAUGGGCACCAAGCUUUUGGUCUCGAGCAAAAUCCCUGGUUCAGAUUCCCCUCACUUUCCCGUUUGUUGCUUUGACGUUGAGGAAAAAAAGUGGACAGAGGUCACUACCUUGUUCAAUGGUAAGCCUUUUCCCUUCCGACGCAGGGCUUUAGUGGUCGACUUGGAGGAUGGUACCCAUGAUAAGGUCAUGUUUUACUUCAAUAAUUAUUUUGCUAUAAGAGUCUGCCGAUUAGUAGUUAAUGAGGAUGAUGGUAGUAUUAAGAACUCACCGCACCAAUCUGUGGGGAUUGAUACCCUCAUGACUAGCUUAUUGGAAAUUACCAUUCAAAAUCAGUCAAUGGUGAAAAUGUCGUGGGAUUUUGUUGAUCUAGGAAAUAAAAAAGUCUGCUUUGUUUUGUCCUCGAGCCUCCCGAAAGGCAGAGAGGACGAAGGUUUCUGUCAUCGCCAGACCUUGCGUCUUCUUAUCUUGGUAAUUCAAUUUCAAGUUUUGGAAUCAGGAGAUUUCUCCUUCAAGUUCCUGGCUACUCGCACCUUUGAAUACCAGGGCCAUUUCCCUCGCAUCUGGCACCCCAAUCUGCAGGGUUGUUUUCUGCUUUAACUCGCUCCAUCCAUUGGUCUGGAGGUGCGGCUGAGAAGAAUCAGGUUAUGAAUUUUUCUUAUGAAAUGUACUUCAGUUCAGUCUGGCUGGGAGUAUUGGUUAUGCAUAUUCUUAAGAAAGUUCUUCGAGAUGAUGCAGAAUCACAGGUUGUGAAUUUUUCGUAUGAAAUGUACUUCAGUUCAGUCUGGCUGGCAGUAUUGGUUAUGCAUUUUCUUAAGAAAAUCUUAGAGAUGAUGAGGAGCCUGUAAUUUGUUUUAAGACCAUUUGAUUUUCUAUGCAAUGAUUAUCUGUUCCUUUUGUUU